AUGGCAGAACUUUUAGGGUCUAGAUUAAAACAGUGGAAUCUUCUCCAAUCUGAUGUUAAAAUACAUGAACUUGUGAAAGAUCCUGCAUUUGAUGUAGUUUUGAAGGGGCAAGAAAAAGAAACUUGGGAAUCUCUCAAGGGAAUGAUUUGUGGAUUUUUAGGCCACAGAAGAGAUGAUAACUACAUCCAAUUGUUAACAGUACUUCUGCAAAAAUGCCAUCAACUAAGACGUAACAUGUCCUUGAAGAUUCACUUCCUCAACUCACAUUUAGACUUCUUUCCACUUUGUGGAGCUGUUAGUGAUGAACAUAGAGAAAGGUCCCACCAAGAUAUUUCUGUAAUGGAAAAAAGAUAUGAGGGUCGUUGGAAUGAAGCUAUGCUUGCAGAUUAA